AUUUUAUGAAAGUCCCACUUACAUUAUUAGAUAUUCUCUGAGCUUAGAGCAACGUUUGGUAUAUCAAAAAGAAUAUAAAUUAUUUUAAGCAGCCGAACGAAAAGCCGGCAUGAAGCCGUUAACCAAACGCACCAUAUUCAUGUGGUUUACCGGAAUCAUCAUCGCGAUCACCAUAAUUUUAAUGAUUGUAUUUUCGGGCUUUUAUCAUGAGACGACAAAUGCGAAAAACGUAUUUCUUUCUAUAAUCAUCGUGCUGGUUUUCCAGUAUAUGGUGGCCGACCCAGUGAGGUUCAUAAUAUUGGCUAUUGAUGCAAGCUUCUGGCCACAGAACAUGACCAAGCCCACGAAGGAGGAUGACCAUGCUGAAAAUUAUAAUCGUUUGGAUUACCUGAAGCUGCGACUGAAGGCAACCAAACGUCAGAUGCUGAUCACCGAGCGUUACCGCAAUGAGCAGCUAAAUCUGGAGUAUAAAAAUAUAAUACAGGAUCUAUCUCUCUAUGGUAUAUACUUUCUAAUACUGACGGGAGUUGUGCUGGUCUCGCGUAACGAGCUGGGUUACUACAACUCAGCCUGUUUGAGGGAGCUGUUCAUGUUUAAUCACUCGAUUUACAUUGGUCUGAGUGAGGUCUAUCACUUGAAUCAAUUGUUCAGUUUCAUAGAGUCAACGCUGAUCGAUGCAUUCGAGGGGGGUGACUCCUCGAUAGGAGUCAGCAUUUGGAUCCACAGCGAACAGAAUAAAAUGUUGGGCGUGGUGCGGUUGCGCCAGCUCCGCUUGAGCAAGGAACAGUACGGUUUCAGCAAGCCCAUAUAUACCGAAGAGUACUACAAGCCCGCGUGGCAGUUGCCCUACCAGCGAUACCAUUAUGAUGACAAAUAUUGGCGCGUCUACGACCCCUGGAUACCCCUGGAGGAGAAAGAUCUCACGGCGUAUGUCGUACUCAAUUUCAACCACCAUGGCGAAUUGCACAACUAUCCAGAGCUAAAAGGCUACGUUGCUUUGCUCGGCCGCUCCAGGCAGAACAGCCGGAAGAUACUUCAGUUCCUGACAGAUUACAAUUGGCUAACAUACAAUACAUCCGCCGUCUUUAUGGACUUUACGCUCUACAACAUAGACGCCGAUAUGUUCAGCGUGUGCACAUUGCGUGUGGAGCAAACGCCCUUUGGCGGCAUUAUACCCAAUAUGAACUGUGAGAGUGUACGGCUGAUUGGUGAUAAUUUGCAGACGCCCUACACGCAGUUGCUGAUUCUGCUCAUCUAUUUGAUAACGUUCCUUCAGUUCAUUCACACGUUCUGCGUACAAAUUUGGUAUGACAUAAGCAAAUUACAUAGCAUUUGGUAUAAGUUGGAUCUGUUAAUCAUCGUGCUGAAUCUCGUUCUGACUGCCAUGAUUCUGCUGCGUGGAUCAACUGUAUUCCGAAUGCUGAAGAGAUUGGAGGGCGCCAAUAAGCUUGAGUUUCUCGACUUUCGCAUUCCGGCACGCCUCUAUGUGCUCUGCAAUGUAUUGUGUGGAUUUCUGAUCUGCGCCACCACGUUGCGUCUGUGGAAGGUGAUGCAGUUCGCCAGGGUAUUUCAGAUAUUCACACGAACUUUGUCUUUGGCAUGGACGCCACUGAUCACCACUUUCCUGGCCAUUCUGAUAUUUCUAGGGGCAUACGGCGUAGCCAUAAACACCAUCAACGGCAACCACAGCUCUCACUUUGUUUAUAUGUUGACAAGUGUCAUAUCGGUCAUGUGUUUCUCAUUUGGCUUUAGCAAUGAAAUCCAACCGUUUGAUCUGUUCCAUGGGGGUGUAGCCGUGGGCGUAACUUUGUAUGCGACAAUGGGAUUUGUGGUUUCUGUACUGCUCAUGAAUGUGUUCUCCACACUGAUCAAUAGCUAUUUCAUUGAAGCCAAGAAGCAUGGUGAUGCCAAAUUCAAGCAACAAAUAACAUUUCUCCAGUUUUUGCGCGUCGAGUUCGACGAUCUGAUCUCAUUCAUCUGCCAAAAAAAGAUGUAUAACGGGGAUGGGCGCACCGUCUCGGAAAACGUGAAAAUUAUACUGGAUAAGCGCGAUAAGAAGUAUGCCCGACUCAAGAUGAAACGUGAAAAGGAAGAACACUUUCUGCAGGUCGAAUACAGAGAACGAAUCGAACGUACUUAUUCUAUCUCACUCAUUUUGAAUAUACAAAUGGAGAUGCUGGACAUAAUAUUGUUUGAUGACGACAUUACAAUGCAUAAGUUACGCAGAUCAGGGGAAAAGCAGGAGCCUGAUCCACAAGAUAGCAUUGUAUAAGCCGUCGACGGCUGGGCACCAACGAGGAUAUAUUUUAUAAUUGCAGUUUAUAGUU